AUGGUACAACAGUUAGUUAAUGUUGCAUUGUCUUCCCAAGGUGAUGUGUCAAUUCAUCCUCUUUCUCAUGAAGUUAUCCUUGAAAUAAUAGCCCUUCAAAAUGAUGAUACAUUAUCUGUUGUUGAAUCAAAACCUGGGCCUUUUGAUAUAUCUCCAUUCAUAAAUGGUCACAAAUCAAACAACUGUAUUAUAGACUUGAGUGCCUCAGAUAAUAUCAUUCCAUCUGCAGUAGCUAAGGCUUUGGGAUUAUCGUUAACAAAAACAUUUGAGAUCACUUUUCAAAGGGAUAUGGAAUUAUCUUUCGGUCAUCUGAAAGAUAAAAUAAUUAUCGUAUAUCUUGAUGACCUAACUGUCUUCUCGAAGAGGAGAAAGCAUCACAUGAGAGACUUGAGGCAGGUAUUGCAAAGGUGUCGGGAACAUGGAGUGUCGUUGAACCCAAAGAAGUCAGUGUUUGAAGUUAUAGAAGAUUUUGUAGAAAUCACAAGUUACAUUGUACACCUGAUGAGUGGAAACGAAGUAUUUAAAUGGAAUGAGGAGGGAAAGAAAUCAUAUCAAUCAAUAGAGGAAUCUAUUGCUCAAGCACCUAUUCUUGUUAAUCCAGAUUUUAAGAAAUAUUUUAUCAUCUAUUUUUAUGCCUCAGAACAUACCAUGUCAGGGAUUUUGUUACAAAAGAAUGAAGAAAAUGAAGAAGUUCCAAUAGCCUUCAUGAGUGUUCCCCUUAAAAAGCAUGAAUUGAAAUAUUGGCUAAUGGAAAAGCAAGCGUAUGUAGCCGUGAAAGCUGUAAAACAAUUUAGGUAUUAUAUUAUUCAUUCUCAUGCAGGAGUCUAUGUGUCGCAUUCUGCUGUUAAGAGAAUUUUAACACAACAGGACAUUGGAAUCAAUAACAAGGCCUCCUGGGUGUCUAAGAUAUCGGAGUUUAAUCUAGACAUUAAACCAACAAAAAUAGUGAGGGGACAAGGCCUAUGCAAUUUAAUUGUAGAAAGUAAGAAUGAAGUGACUGAGGAGCUACCCUUAGUCUUAUUUGUUGGACUUGAAGAUUCCUGGUUUGCAGAUGUUUCAUAUUUAUUGACUUAUGGGGAUUGUCCAAAGUAUCUCUCUCCAAGAGAAAAACAAAAUCUGAGAUUAAAGGCUACCAAAUAUGUUAUUUUUGAUGAUGUAUUGUACAAAAAGGGGUUGGAUGGAACUUUCCUACGCUUGGUGGAUAAGUCACUUCAAGAGUCAAUGUUGAAAACCUUUCAUGAUGAAGCCUGUGGUGGUCAUUUUUCAUCAACAGUAACUACCUACAAAAUCCUAAGAAAUUCUUAUUAUUGGCUAGGCAUGUUUAAGGAUGCAUACGCUUGGGUAGGUAAGUGUGAAAAAUGUAAGUUAUUCACAGGAAAGCCACAAUGUGCAACAUUACCUCUUAAACCAAUAGUUAUUGAUGAACCAUUUAAGAAGUGGGGUUAG